UUAUUUGGUAGUAGGAUAUCUUUAUCUUGUUCACAUGUAGCUAUAUACUACGCGUGGUCUUUCAAAGCGAACAUCACAGAGGAGGACAGCCCCGUUUCCCCAAUGCCAUUUAAAAGGUGACCUCUUGCUGGUUUGAGCCCAUAAGCUGCACCAUGGGGAGGCGAUACUACUGUGACUACUGUGACCGGUCCUUUCAGGACAACAUGCAUAACAGGAAAAAACAUCUGAACGGUGUGCAGCAUCACAGAGCUAAAAAGGCCUGGUAUGACUACUUUAGAGACUCUUCAGCCAUCCUGUGUGAUGAGCAAACAAAGAAACCCUGCAGGAAGUUUCUUCAAAGAGGAAUUUGUGAUUUUGGCCCUAAUUGCAGGUUUUCUCACAUGUCCGAAGAGGAUCUGUUUCACUUAAAAAAACAGGCGGAAGAUGAAAGACAGCAAAGAGAGGACUAUGUAGACCGAAGGCUGCCUAGGCGAAGUAUCGAAGAAUGGCUCUCCAGAAGGGAAAAGAAGCAAACUGCCCUCGGUAGCCAAGGAGAUCUAAAAGAUAAGGAAGACAGCGAAGAGGGCCAAGAAGAAAGUGACAUACCUCAACAGCUCCUCUCCAUCCCUAACCUUCCACCCUCUCUGCGACCUCCUCCUCUUGGCGGAUGGAAAGUCAGAGUGAACACAGAAUGGGGUUGAGAGAUAUUCACGCUGGGUAUAGAAGUGGGUAUAGACCACAUGAAUUGUACAGAUUACACAUGUUAUUAAGAGAUGGUGUCACAUUUGUAAUAGGCAGUUUGAAAAUAAGGUUUAAAAUAAAAUAAAAAAACACUUUGAAUGCCGUACAGUUUAGGCCAUGUUUCGUGGAACUAUGUUAAACUAUUCAUUUUGAACAUUUCACACAAAAAAUUUAUUCAUAAGGAGUACAAACUGUUAUUUACAUAAAACGCAGCAAGUUGAAUCUUCGAAUAGUGAUUUCCAUACACGAGGGCCUUUGACUCCUUCACAGAUUUACAUUUCAGGUCAUGUGGUCCUGAAUGGACGUUUUCUGAACAGAUGGAAAUAAAAUCUUGUUUAAUUUGA